AUGCCCUCCGGCGCCAUCCUUCGCCCUCUUUUCCCUCCUGACCUUGCAUCCCCUGAGAAUGAAAAUCUGGUCCGUUUUUGUGCGCCAGACGAGCCCGCCAGCCGGAGCGAGCUACCCUCCGACUCCGAGGCCAGCGGGUCGCUGUCGGACGGCGGGCCCAGCGUGCUGUGGCCCAAGGGCAGGAGGUCCGCGCGCAGGCGGCGCGUGUACGAUAAGGUGGCCGCGAGCGGUGGCGGGAGGGAUGACGACUUGAUGGUUGCCCGGCAGCUGGACAGGGCGCUGAACCAGUCCGGCAGGCCCACGCGGCGCGCGGCGCAGCAGGCCAACAGGCGACUGCAGGGCGCCGCCGACGAGGACAGCGACUCGUCGCAGGGCGGGAGGUACUCGGACGCGGAGCGACCCCGGAGGAGCACGCGACGGAACAACAACAAGCGCCGGGCGGGCGCCUCGUGGGUCCCCGGCGUCGAUGACGAGGACGGGGAGUCCGAGCCCGACGUGAGGUGGGCGCCCCGCGCUCGCAAGAGCCAGAGGUCCGUGGCGCGCGUGUCGUACCGCGAGAGCAGCUGCGACACGUCGGACGGGGAGGGCGGCAAGAAGAAGCGGCGGAUUGUGCCGGCGCUGGAGGAGGAGGGCAUGGCGGAGCAGGACGACGAGGUGGAGAGGGUGCUGGGGUACAGGGACCCAGAGGGCAUGUUGGUGGAUCCUGCAGACCCCUGGGCUACUCGAGAGUUUCACGUCAAGUGGAAGCGGUACUCAUACAUCCACUGUUCUUGGGAUCGUCGUGCCACACUAUGUCAGCUUCCUGGCUACAAGCGAGUCUUGAACUACAUGAGGACCCAGGACGAGCGGUCCAGCCUCAGGUCUGGUGUGAGUCGGGAGGAGAUCGAGGUGCUGGAUGUGGAGGAGGCGAUGGAGGCUCAGCUCGUCGAGGAACACAAGCAGAUCGAGAGGGUUGUGGCAGAACGCAGGACGGUGCACGAUGAGCUGAAGUAUCUCAUCAAGUGGCAGGGCUUGCCGUACGCCGAGUGCACCUGGGAAACCAGUGAGGAUGUGUUCACUGCUGGUGGACUGCUGGAGGUCGAUGCCUUCAAGGAUCGAGAGCAGCGACUGCUCCGGCCAUCUCGGCCCGUCGAUGGCGAGCGCCGCUCCUUCCAGCAACGCAAGGGAACCCGCUUGGAACAGCAACCUGCAUACCUGGGUGGUGGCAGCAUGCUCCGUGACUAUCAGCUCGAUGGCCUUAACUGGCUCAUCUACUCAUGGUCCAAAGAUAACAAUGCGAUCUUGGCAGACGAAAUGGGCCUGGGGAAGACUAUCCAGUGUGUGGCCUUCCUUGCGCACCUGACAGAGUCGCUGUCUAUCAUGGGCCCGUUCUUGGUGGUGGUGCCCUUGUCAACAGUACCCAACUGGAUCAAGGAGUUCAGGAAGUGGUGCCCACAGGUCAAUGUGGUGGUGUACGUGGGGGACUCGUCGUCCAGGGAGGUGAUCCGCGCAUUCGAGUUCCCCAAUCACGGCCGAUCCACCCGCCCCUUCAAGUUUGAGGUACUCAUCACCACAUUCGACUUUGUCCUGAAAGACGCUGCUGUGCUGGGACGUGUGCGGUGGCACUACCUGCUGGUGGAUGAAGCCCACAGGCUGAAAAAUCCAGACUCGUCCUUAUACAAGGAAAUGAUUGGUUGGAACAUCAAGAACAAACUCCUUGUCACGGGCACGCCACUUCAGAACACCCUUCGGGAGUUGUGGGCGCUGCUCUAUUUCCUUGUCCCAAACAAGUUCCCAGACUGCAAGGAAUUUGAGGAGAACUAUUCGCUGGAGAACCCUCAAGAGGUGGCGAGGCUGCACGCUGACCUGCGGCCUUAUCUUCUCCGGCGCGUGAUCAAGGACGUGGAGAAGUCACUGCCUCCCAAAAGGGAGUGCAUCCUGCGUGUGGAGAGAACGCCUCUGCAGCGACAGUACUACAGAUGGGUACUGUCUCGCAAUUUUGAGGAGCUCAACAAAGGCACAAGUGGUGGUGGUCAUGUCUCUUUGCUCAAUAUCAUUUCAGAGCUCAAGAAGGUGUGCAACCACCCAUUCCUGUUUGAGAGCGCCGAGCAAGGAUACAGGGGCAGCAAGGGCGACGAGUCUGCAGUGGAUCGGCUGAUAAUGGCCAGUGGCAAGACAUUGCUGCUUGACAAGCUGCUUACUAAGCUCAAGGAGACGGGGCACAGGGUGCUGAUCUUCUCGCAGAUGGUUCGGCUGUUGGACAUCCUGUCGGAGUACCUGCGCCUGAAGGGCUACCACCACCAGCGCCUAGACGGCUCCACACCAGCCACGGCCCGGCACCAAGCCAUGGAGCAUUUCAAUGCCCCCGGCUCUGAGGACUUUGCAUUCCUGCUGUCCACUCGAGCGGGCGGCCUGGGCAUCAACCUGGCGACCGCGGACACUGUCAUAAUCUUCGACUCUGACUGGAACCCCCAGAACGACCUGCAGGCCAUGAGCCGUGCACACAGGAUCGGCCAGACAGAGACGGUCAACAUCUAUCGCCUAGUGACCCGCGGGUCGGUGGAGGAGGACAUUUUGGAGCGGGCGAAGAAGAAAAUGGUGCUGGACCACCUGGUGAUACAGAGAAUGGACACCUCGGGGCGGACGGUGAUGGAGCCACAAGGGGGGACGAGGUCGAUCAAGAAGAUGUUCGGCAAGGAUGAGCUGGCCGCCAUCCUGCGCUUCGGCGCGGAGGACCUGUUCAAGAACAACGACGCCGAGGAGCCCCAGGAGAUGCUGGAGGAGGACAUAGACACGAUCCUGGAGCGCGCGGAGGUGGUGGACAGCGCCAAGGACGACAACGGCGCGCGGGAUUUCCUCAACCAGUUCAAUGUCGCCACCUUCAGGAGCGUCCUGGAGGACGACUCCACCUUCUGGUCCAGGCUCAUACCGGAGUCCAAGCGGCCGGUGGAGCAGCAGGUCUUCGACUCCGCCGCGCUGGGCCCGCGCGCGGCCCGGCUGAAGGCCGAGCAGGCCGUCGGCGCCCAGAUGCACAGCAGCGGGUCGGACGUGGGGUCCCCGAAGCCCAAGCCGUCCGGUUUGCGCAACCCGAAGGGCGGGCAGAGGGCGAAGCGGCCGGCGUCGGCGGCCAAGCCCGCGCCCGUGGUGUCCGGAGCCGUGCUGAGGAUCGACGCCUGGCCGGAGAACGCCAGGGCCGAAGAGGCCUCCCCACAGAACAGUGGCGAAUCAGCCCCAAGUCAAACAAUCACCAAGCGUGAUGCGACAGCAUUCGUGCGCGCCGUGAGGCGGUUUGGGCUGCAGGCACGCCUGCUUGACAUUGCCAGAGACACAGGCCCUGUGCUACUCGAGGCGUCAGAGGAUGCUCGCCUUGCACUGUGGCAGGCUUUGGUCAAUGGCUGCAAGUCAGCAGUCAAGGGCUCUGCUGAUCCCAAGGAGGCCAAGCUGGACUUCUUUGGUGAGGCUGUGAGGGCCCAGCACCUGUUGAGUCACUUGAACGGUAUGGAGGUGCUUGCAGCAAGAAUACAGAGUGUCAAGGACCCCCUGAACUUCCGCUUAGAUACGUCAGAACUCCCCGUUCUACCCAGGUGGGCUGAAUCUGUGUCCUGGACAUCGAGGGACGAUUCGAUGUUGCUGCUUGGGGUGUAUUUCUAUGGGCUGGGGGGAUGGGAGAAGAUGGCUGGAGACGACAGGCUGCAGCUUGGGUCCAAGCUGCGCAGUGCUUUCCACGACCACGCAGGAGUGCCCGGUCAGAACGGGAUGAUCGUGGGUCCUAAAGGGACCCAGCUUGAGGUGCGCAUAGCGGCCCUGCUGCGACGCCUCUAUGACUCAGUGAUGGCCAAGGAACAUGGCGGUAGAGCCAAGGAGCCCACCAAGCGACCAAAGUCCUCCGAUCGCUUGCCCAGCACUAGCGGGCGCUCAGCAGAUCCAGCAGAAACGCCGGCAAGAAGGGCUGCCACAAAGCGAUCUCUGCCGCAGCCGGAGGCAAGGCAGGGGGCUGGAGACAAGAGCAAACGAAGGCGGGAGGGAGACGGCUCAGGCAAACCAGGCAAGGGCAGUGAUGUCAAUGAGGGCCAGUGGAGACUGAUCCUUGAGCCCGUCAACACAGAGGUCACCAAACUGCGCGCCCUCCACAUAGUUGACUUGCCCCAAGAGCGUCUGGUGCGCAAGACCAAAAAGUACCUUCGGACGCUGGGCCAGCACAUAGACAAGAAGACUAGAGGGAAGAAGGAGGACUUUGUGCGUGGCGUGUGGAACCUGGUGGCCAGCCUUGUCAAGAACGGCACCACAGGAGAGAAACUGCGGAAGAUGUACGUCAAGAUCAUGGCGCAGGCCGGGUCGGAAGGGAGGGAGGAGGUUGAAGGUGGCCAGAAGAGGAACAAUGAUCAAGGAGGUGCAUCAGCAAGGACCCAGGCGCAGAGUAUUAGGGCGCCGAAGCUUGGUGAGGCGCCGGCGCCGAGGCGGCACACUGUGGCAAGAACGAGCCCCAACCCAGAUGCGCCACCCCUGAUCUGCAGGACGAAGGAAGACUUCAGAAAAUUGAUGGGCGGGGUGGAUAGGGACAGGGUGGAGAGGCCGUAG